UGGAGAAUAAAACUCACCUCGCUUUUCCAUCAGGUGUGGAGUAAUUUCCAGACGGUUUUCUCCCCCGAGUACCGCCGCACCACUUACAUGAUGAUGGCCGUCUGGUUCUCCAUGUCCUUUAGCUACUACGGUCUGACCGUGUGGUUCCCCGACAUGAUCAAGUACCUUCAGAAGCAGGAGUACGCCUCACGCACCAAAGUUUUUGUCAAGGAGAAGGUGGAGCACGUCACCUUCAACUUCACCCUGGAAAACCAGGUGCACCGCCAGGGGGAGUACUUCAACGACAAGUUCAUGAACCUGAAAAUGAGGUCCAUGGUGUUUGAGGACUCGCUGUUUGAGGAGUGCUACUUUGAGGACAUCACCUCCAGUAACACUUUCUUCAAGAACUGCACUUUCAUUGCCACCCUCUUCUACAACACAG